GUUGCUUUUCUUCUUUUCCAAACAAAGAAAGAGAUGGAUGGAGGUGGAGAAGACAUUCCUUCGAAAAAAGCAAAGUUUUGCAAGUAUCUUGAGGAAUGGGAAAGCGAGUUUAGCUUUGUGAAGAAGAGCAGAAUGGGGCACAGUCAUGCAUUCUGCACAAUUUGCGGUUGCGAUUUUAGUGUCUCCCACGGGGGAAGGACCGAUGUCACUCAGCAUAAAAUAUCGGCCAAGCACAAGCGCGGGCUAGAGGCACAGAAACAUGCCCCGACGGUGUCCGCAUUUGUGACUGGGAAUACCACAGAGGCUGACCAGGUCAUAAAUGCAGAGGCUACAAUGGCCAUGCUGUGUGCCAAAAACAACGUUUCUUUCACCUUCUGCGACGACUUCAACAAGUGUGUAGCUCGCAUGUUCCCGGACUCUGCCAUUGCACGGAAAUAUUCUGCGGGGGAAACCAAAACUACGCAAAUCAUAAAAGGUGCCAUAGCAGCAGAGCUAGAUGACGAGUUGGCCAAAACAUGCCAAUCUCAGCCCUUUUCAUUGAUGUGUGACGAAUCGAGCAACAGAAACGCAGACAAGGAAUUCGUCAUCAUGGCUAGGCUCUACGAUGAGGCCAAUCUGCAGGUUGUUACCAGAUUGUUGGAGAUGCCCAUAUGCAACGUUGGAAAUGCAGAAAAUCUUUAUGAAAAGCUGAGUGAAGCAUUAAGAAAAAGAGGCAUUCCGUGGGAGAACCUGAUAGCCUUUAACUCUGACAAUGCGAGUGUCAUGCAAGGCAAACACAACUCUGUUAUCAGCAGACUGAAGACCAGACAGCCCCACGUUCAGGAUCUGGGCUGCAUCUGCCACCUAGUACAGCUGGCUGCUGGCUGUGCCAUCAGAGCCGCACAGGUACCUGUGGAAGACGUCCUGGUCAGAAUAUACACCCACUUUGAUGAAAGUGCAGAAAGAUGUGAAAUCUACGAGGACUUUGUAGAUUUUACUGAUUCAGAGCACCUGAAGCAGCUCAAGGACUGCAGCACCCGGUGGCUGAGUCUGUUAAGCUGCAUCCAGAGAGUGUUGAACCAAUGGGACGCACUAAAGGUAAGGGUGGUAAGUGCAGCAGAUAUAUAUAUAUACACGUUUUACUAUGCCUACUUCGACAGCCUUGAGGAGGUGGAGAAGAGUGCCAAACUACGUGAGCUGGCCAGCCAUCUGGGCGAUCCGGUCGUGAAGAUCUACUUCUUGUUCCUGACUGCUGCCCUUAGGCCUUUAUCUGAAUUUAAUAUUGCCUUCCAGUCGGAGGAAGUGCAAAUUCACAGGCUCCAAGAGGAGAUGUGCAGGCUGAUCAGGAGAAUCCUGGGCUACCUCGUACCAGCCAGGGCCAUCGUGGGUGUACCUCUCAGGGAGGUGGAGUAUGGAGAAGGACAUCAGCUGGCUGAUGAAGACCUCUUUAUCGGAGCAGGCACAAAGGCGUUCAUGAGAAGCAUAGAGCUUCCUGUGUCCGUCAAGAAGAAAAUCUUUCAAUCUGUGAGAAGAUUCUACGAAGCAGCGCUUCAGGAGAUGUUCUCCUCCUUUCCCCUCGACAACCCACUCCUGAGGGACUUGAAAGUGCUGGACCCUGCUGCUCGCCUUGACAUUACUCCAGGGGCAGUGGAAAGCCUAGUGGCCCUGCUCCCUCAGUUGAGCUUCAAUGAAGAUAAGCUGAGAGAGGAACUCAUCGACUACCAGCUGACAGAGAAUAAGCAACUCCCUCAAGAAGGAAAAAUUGACAGGUUCUGGGGCCUGCUAGGGAAGGAUGUGAGGUUCAGUGAGCUGCCAAGACUAAUGAAGGCGUUACUCUGUAUUCCCCACAGCAAUGCCAGUUCUGAAAGGGUGCUUAGUACGGUGAGAAAGAUGGUUACAGAGAAUAGGAUGUCAUUAGACAACAGCACUGUUUAUGCUUUGCUUGCGUGCAAAAUCAACCACUCUGGCCCAGCCCACAAAUACAUUCCUUCCAAAAGAGUGUUAAAGGAUGAGGACAGGUGAGGCUGCUGAUUCCUUAUUUUCAAAUUUCGAAAGUUGACAGCUAUGAUAUAAGCUAAAUA